GAGUCUCAUCCUUCAUAAGGAGAGAUUGUCAAUUUUGACAAUUUUUUUUUUACUAGGUAGUUUUUUUCUAAAGGUGGACAUUUAUUAGGUAGUUUUUUUUUUUUUUUUAAAAAAAAUGCUUUCAUAAACGAAGUAUUGAAGAAAAAAGAAGCCAAACCUCCCUUCCCUCUUUCAAACUACGGAGCCGUUUAAGCAAAUCAGCAGCUUUUCUCUCACUAACAAAUAACAAUGGCGAAUACAGAAAUACAACACCUCCAUGAGUACGAACUCCGUCUUCUUCGCUGCUCCUUAACAUCACCACCGUCCAAUACCUCCCCUCUUCAUCCUCAUCCUACUCAAUCUCAGCCGUCCAUUCACUCUCUUAUUGAUGAAAUUAUCACCUUAAUAGAAUCCGGCAACUUUGUGGAUUCUCUCUCCUCCGCUGGAUUACUAUCCAUCUUUCCAUCUUCCGACUCGUUUGAGUCAAUUAACCCAACUCAGUUCUACGCCGAACUCGAAAGAAGCGUAGAGUCUUAUUUACUAAAUGAUGCUGCUGAUGCUGAUGCUGAUGCUGAUGCUGAUGCUGAUGCUGGUUUAAAGUUAAUAGUUGUUGUUGCCGUUGCCGUUGCUUCCUUAUUCGCUUUCGUGCAGUGUAACUUCACAGGUCCAGUGAUUGAGCUGCCUAUAGUUCCGUUGCCGUGGAUAACAGUUAAAGAAGGAAAGGAAUGGGAAGCGUGGGCGCGAAUUCAGUUGAUGUCUGCUGGUUCUGACUUGGCUGCCAAAUUGUCCAACUUGCAGUAUAUGAUGUUUGCUAAGAUUUUGCUCAUGAAGACUAGAGAUUUAUUAUUCAGUCAAAAAGUUGAAUGUAGAGCUGGACUUGGAACUAGCACUUGGUGGCUCGCUAGACUUAUGUUUCUACAACAACACAUUUUGGAUGAACGUUGUUCUUCACUACUUGAUUUGCUGCAAGUUUUCAUGGGUGAAAGUUUGAAUUGUUUUGGCAAUGUGGAAAAAGUAACAAGUUAUUGGGGUGUGUCGUUAGAAGAAGAAGAGGCUUUAACUAUUGUCUCAAUGUUGCAACUAGAAGCUGGAUUAGUUGAACAUGCUUUUGGACGUGUUGACCCUGCAAGGCAUUAUUUUGAAGCGGCAACAGCGUCUGUGGGGCUUGAGCUCUCUGUGACCGGUGCUAUUGGUUUCCGGACAGUCCACCAAGUGGAGCCAGUGCCACAGAUGGUUCUUGUUGCGAGUGGAAGCUCUUAUCGUAGUACCAGUAGCUCCCCUUUAGCAAGUGCUUCUCAUGAAAGACAUGCUUCGAACGACUUAGAUUCACAUCAAAAUCAGCAACAUAUCAGAGAGGCUUCUGAUGUGAUGAUGGCUCCAAAAAUUGCUGACAAUGGUGGCAAUGGCACGAGUGGUGGCAAUGGAAUUUUGACAGCAAUUCAGCAGGCAGUUGUACUCGCACAAUGCCUUUUAAUAGAAAAAAGUACUCGGUCAGACGAGUUUCAAAGAUGGGAGAUGGCCCCAUAUAUAGAGGCUAUUGAUUCUCAGUUGUCAUCAUACUUCACUAUCAAAUGUUCCUGCAACAUCUUGCGCAUUAGGUGGGAGUCCACUCGUAGUCGUACUGUGGAACGUGCUUUGCUUAUGAUGGACAAAUUGGUUCAAGAUCUUUAUGAGCCAUCACCCCAAGUACUGGAGAGGGUUCGUUCCUUUUUUGCAGUUCAUAUCCCAGCCAUACCUCUUCUGAGAAAGGAGUAUGGUGAGCUUCUCAUCAGUCGUGGUUUGAUAGGGGAGGCACUCAAAAUUUUUGAAGAUCUAGAACUCUGGGAUAAUUUGAUAUAUUGCUAUUGCCUAUUAGAGAAGAAAUCAGCGGCAGUUGAACUGAUCAAAGCAAGGUUGCUGGAAACACCUUCUGAUCCCAAGUUAUGGUGCUCAUUGGGUGAUGUUACAAAUGAUGAUUCCUGCUAUGAGAGAGCUCUAGAGGUUUCUAAUGAUAGGUCUGCAAGAGCUAAGAGAUGUCUUGCUCGCAGUGCUUACAACAGGGGAGAUUAUGAGAGCUCUAAAGUUUUAUGGGAGUCUGCCAUGGCAUUAAAUUCACUUUAUCCAGAUGGUUGGUUUGCCCUUGGAGCUGCUGCAUUGAAGGCAAGGGAUGUCAGCAAGGCACUUGAUGGUUUUACUCGUGCGGUUCAACUUGAUCCUGAUAAUGGAGAGGCUUGGAACAAUAUCGCUUGUCUACAUAUGAUAAGAAAAAAAAGCAAGGAGGCUUUCAUUGCAUUCAAGGAAGCACUGAAGAUCAAAAGAAAUAGCUGGCAAAUGUGGGAGAACUACGGUCAAGUUGCAGCUGAUGUUGGCAAUUUUACUCAGGCACUGGAAGCGGUACAGAUGGUGUUGGAUCUCACUGGUAACAAAAGAUAUGAUGGAGAUUUGCUAGAGAGAAUUGUGCAAGAAAUGGAAAAACGAUAUAAUUCUCCAUAUUCUGCAAAUACAAGUGAUGAAGAUUGUGCCAAUCAUACAGUUUCAGGCUGUCAGUUGGCAGAGUCACGAGAAACGCAAUGCUUGAUGGAGUUAUUAGGGAAAGUUCUCCAGCAGGUUAUUCGUUGUGUUGGAAGUGGAGAUAUCUGGGGCUUGUAUGCUCGGUGGCAUAAAUUGAAGGGAGAUCUUACAAUGUGCUCAGAGGCCCUGUUAAAGCAAGUUAGAUCUUGCCAGGGAUCAGAAGUUUGGAAAGAUGUUGCUCGGUUUCAAAAGUAUGCACAUGCAUCCUUAGAGCUUUGUAAAAUAUACAUGGUAAUAUCAUCUUCAACUGAAAGUCUUAGAGAGCUCCAUGCAGCUGAAAUGCAUCUUCGCAACACUGUGAAGCAGGCAAGUUCAUUUACAGAUACUGAGGAAUUCAAAGCUCUCGAAGUUUGCCUAAAUGAAGUUCAGAUGAAGCUAAAUUCCAAUUCAGUUCCAACUUCUUAGAAUGGUGCAAAGAACUAGUGGUUCUAAGCUCCUUGCAGGCUAUUAUUAAUACUAUGACUGCUGCAUCGACAGUUCAUUCUAAUGUGUUAGAGGCUACUGUUGGCUUGUGUUAGACAGGAAGCUUGGGUGAUAGGCUGAUAUGCUGAUGCAAAAUUGCCUGGUCUUUUGCAACAUGUUGAUUUGCUCUGUUAUGCUUUGCGAAGCAUCGCAAUAAUUUGCUGAUAUGCAAGUCCCUCCAACAUCAAAUGGCAUUGAUCUUGGUGACAAUAUCCAAAAAGCCUAAGUUGGUGUUUGGUACGGUGUUAUGAAUCAUAUGGGAUCGUACAUUGUACAGAUUGGUCGUAACCGUUAAAGCUUAUUAUGUAAGGUGAAUGCCAACCUUGGGAAUGACUUGUACAUUAACAAGGAAACUUUUUUUGGCUAUAGCGUGGACACUGUAUCUUCAUUGUCUGUUAGCUUCUAUUUUCAUUUUGAUCGAAUCAUAUCACUAAUUGUUUGGUUGCAUCAAAUCACAGGGGAAAGUCAAAUGUGAUUCAAUAUCUAGCCCCCAUUAUAAACUCAUAAUUGAGCAGGUUCAUUAUUAGUUACUACCUGGUUUUGAAUUAA